AUGGAAAGAGGUGAUGCGAGUAAUGCGUCCAUCGGAAGUGGCGAAGGUACGGGAGAAGAUGAUGACGACACAAACGGAAAGAAAAAUCAGAAAAAACGUGGGAUUUUCCCAAAAGUAGCUACCAAUAUUCUCAGGGCGUGGCUUUUCCAACACCUAACGCAUCCUUAUCCAUCGGAAGAUCAGAAAAAACAACUCGCGCAAGACACGGGUUUAACAAUACUACAAGUUAACAAUUGGUAA